AUGAUGAAAUUGAAACAAUUAAUUGAUGCUACUCAUGAUUUGAUUUGCAUUAAUCCACAUACAUUAGAAACAUAUUAUGAGCAUUCUAUUACUUUAAUUACACAAUCGUUGAGACUUGCAGUACAAACAAACAAAUCAAAUGGCUAUGGUGUUAUUUUUGUUAUGCCUACUAUUGAUAUACCCAAACGAGCUAAAAUGGUACUGGAUCAUUCUACCAUAAAUAUUUUAUUGAGUAAUUCAUUAUCAGCCAUAGUUGCCAAUGACUGUGAAUUAUUGCAUUUGUUAGAAUCAGCAGCUUUUCCUGUGUUUCAUGUUUUCAAAACAACAACAACAGAUAGAGUCUUCUCCCAAUUGUGUAUUCAUUAUUACAAUUAUCCUCGACGUUCUAUUCGCGAAAUGAUUGGUGUAACUGGUACAAAUGGUAAAACAACAGUAACACAUAUGAUGGAAAAAGUUUUAUCCGAUGCUAAACUGACAGUCGGUUUGAUUGGCACACUUGGUUAUAAAUGUCAUGAUCACGAGUGUAAAACGAAUGAUUACAUAAACGCAGGUUACACAACACCCAAUUCAUGGAUAUUACAAACAAUAUUGAAUGAAAUGAAAAAUAAAUAUCAUAUAGAAAACGUUGUCAUGGAAGUUAGCUCUCAUGGAUUAACAGUUGAUCGUGUUUAUGGAUGUGAUUUUAGUGUUGCCAUUUUCACCAAUUUAACUCAAGAUCAUCUUGGCUUCCAUAAAACAAUGGACAAUUACUUAAAAGCAAAGUUAUUAUUAUUUUCUGAAUAUUUAUCAAAAUUUUUAUCACCAAAAGCAAUCAUCAAUCAUGAUGAUCCAUCCUACGAACAAUUUAUUAAUGUAUGUCCAUCAAAUGCUCAAGUUUAUACUUAUGGUUUAUCAAAGAAAAAUCUAAAUUCCUUUGUAGCUUCAGAUAUUCAACAUUCUCUAAAUGGUACCAGUUACACAAUUACACUGCCAUCAGGUGAAACAAGACGCGUUCAUUUAAAUAUCCAUGGCGAAUUUAAUGUUUACAAUUCUUUAGCUUGUAUAGCGACUUGUCUUACAACUUAUUCACACAUAUUAACAUUGGAUGAAACUAUCAAGUCAUUAGAAAGUUUUCAAUGUGUUAAAGGUAGAUUUGAAUUUAUUAUACGUCAUCAACCGUUCUCGGUUGUGGUUGAUUUUGCACAUACGCCAGACGCAUUGAAACAAGUAAUUAACAGUGGACGACAAAUAUUAUUAGAAUCGGCUGAAAAUGGUCGAUUAAUUGUUGUUUUUGGCUCUAUUGGAGGAGAAUAUCGACCAUCAAGACCAUUAUUUGGACGCAUAGCCCAUGAAAAUGCUGAUAUCGUGAUAAUAACAUCAGAAAAUCCUUGCCAAGAAAAUCCACAAACAAUAAUUGAUGACAUUUUAUCUGGAAUUCAGCAGAAACCAGAUAAUGAUUGUUUAUAUGUAGAAGCAGAUCGGAAAAAAGCUAUCCAUUUAGCUAUGGAUUUAGCUAGAAAUAAAAACGAUUUAAUAAUAAUUACUGGUAAAGGUCAUGAAAUGAUUCAGACAUUCGCUAACUAUACGAUACCAUUCAAUGAAAAAGAGAUCAUAGAGGAUAAAUAUGAGAAGAUGAUGCAGGAAAAUGUCUUAUCGAUGUAA